UGGGAUGCCUGUCUUUUCUUUCAUGGUUUUUCUGUUCUUACCAGUGCAAGUUAAUAUGGAACCAAGUACUAGUUUUGAUGCAAUAUUGCCUGGCAGAAUAAAUGCGCUGCGUGGCUCUUGUGUGCAGAUACCUUGUACAUUUGAUGCACCAGAGAACAUACUGAAGCACACACAAAAUAUAUUUGGUUUUUGGAUAAAGAACCACCAUGCUUUUCUCAAUCCAGAGAGUUUGGUGGUUUUCAAUGGAACUUCAAACAUCAUAAAAGGAUUUAAGUAUAUAGAAAUACUUGGAAAUCUUCGUCAGCAUGAAUGUACCACUGUUUUCUAUGAUGUCAUGAACAAUCAUACAGACAAAUACUACUUCAGGGUGGAAAUGAAGUAUCCAGUGGCCUGGAUGUAUACAUAUAACAAUCCCAUCUACAUUUCUGUCUUAGAUGUACCGGAACUUCCUAUCCUUACACCCACUGAUCUGCAAGAAGUGAUGGAGGAAACUACAGUAAAUCUAAGCUGCUCUGCUGAAGCCCCCUGCCCCGCACAACCUCCUAAAAUAUCCUGGUCUAACAUCCCUGAAUCUGCUCGCAUUACAACACAGUUACAGGAGAAACCUGAUAAAACCCAGUCAGUGUUUUCAUACAUGACCUUCAAAUCUUCAUACAAAGAUCACAGGAAGAACAUUUCCUGCACUGCUACAUAUCCAAGAAAUACGCCUAAUGACUCGACUGCAGAGACCACCGUGAUGCUACGAGUCCUGUUUUCUCCAAAAGAAACUCACAUCAUCAUCGAUCCAUUUGAUUCAAUCUCUGUUGGCACUAAUGUGACUUUGACCUGCAAAAGCAAAGCCAGUCCAAAUGAAAUGAACUACACUUGGUACAAACGUGGACAGGAGAAAGAGCUGGAUUUUGGAGAACAACUAACCUUUAAUGUAAAUAGGAGGAGUGGGGGCUGGUACUUUUGCACAGCAAAGAACAUACAUGGUAAUCAGAUGUCAGAAGAGUUCCAGCUGAUUGUGGCAGAACCAUUGGCUUUAAUCAUUGGCUGUGUCGGAGGAAUUUCAGCAUUUCUGUUUAUAUUUCUUCUGGUAACGAUUUUCUUAAGAGUGCAAAGAGUAAAGGCAUCCAUUAUUAGGGAAACUGACUUCUCAGAACAGGGUCAGGAAAAACAUGUGCAGGUCAACUCUAUUUAUGCUAAUAGAGAUUUUGUGAUGGGUGAAGAGCUAGAGAUGCCAAAGGAUGAGAAUGACAUGAUCCACUAUGGAGAGAUUGACUUCUCCACUCCCCAAACCAAAAGCACCACAGAGAAGAUCUCCGGACAAGAAACAAUAUAUGCCGAGGUCUGUUGUUCAGGGAAGGAUUAG